AUGCAUGAGCUCAGGCUCCUCCUACUGAGACGAUCAGGAAGUGAAAUGUGGAACUGUGAGCAAAGGGCAGCAGAGAAAAGGUCUCACAUCUGGAGCCUGGAGGGUCACUUCUGAUCGUCUGCUGCCAAAACCAGGAUGAUGGCCUCUCUCAGGGUUCUCCUCUUCUUCCUCGUCUUCUUCCUGCUCAAACUCCAGACGUCUGCUAAAAACGACGCCCCCUGCCAGCCCUCCAAGUGGAACAACGGCUACAAAACCUUCAUCAAGCGCCACAUCCGCUCCGGAACGCCCAACUCCUACGACGAGGACGAGUGGAAGGCCUACAUCAAGACCCACGGUGGCUGCGACCGGCCCACGCAGUCCUUCCUGCUGCCCAAGGACCUGGACCGGGUCCGGGCCGUGUGCUCCAGCGGCGGCGGCCAGGUCUACCAGGAGAACCUUUGCAUCAGCCGGCAGCCCUUCAAAUUCGUCACCGUCAGGAGCGAGCCGCAAACCUGCAGCAUCCGCAGCGUCAAGGCCGAGACCAAGCACCUGAUCCUGGCCUGCGAGGUCCUGGAGAACCAGUGUCUGCCGGUGCACUUCGAGGGGAACCCGGAGGGCCUGAGGCCGGACAACAACGCCAGAGGAUGCCAGGACCCGGACACGAGAGGGGACGCUGCAGCCCUGAGGACGACCUGGCUCUGGAUGCUUUCUGCUGUAAUAUUUAUUAUUUAUGCUUAUUAAACUGCUUUGGAUAGAUAGAUAGACAGACAGUGGGGAAAUUUACAGUGUACAGCAGCAAAUAGAACACUUUAAUCAAAGAAAGAGUGCAGCACACAGUGCAUAUACAUAUAUAUGUCAGGGUAGAGACUGCGAUUUGGUAGAAUUGGAGUUUCUACCAGUAGAGAUUGCAAUUGGAGUCUCUACCAGUAGAAACUCCAAUCCUACCAGUAGAGAUGGAACUUUAAAUCUGACCCCUGACCCUAACCUUAAAAGUCUAACCUUAGCCCUGACAAAUCUCUACUGGUAGGAUUGGAGUUUCUACUGGUAGAGACUCCAACUCUACCAAAUCGCAGUCUCUACCCUGACAUAUAUAUAUAUAUAUAUAUAUAUAUACUGAAAGUCAAUAGAAACUUUGAGACCAUAUUUUUCAACAUAUUUUUUUAUUUUGAAGCCCGAAACUGGAUUUUCUUCAUAUGAAUCAUUUGUUUAGCAUAUUGGCAUACAGAAACAAAAAUCUAAAGUUUCAAGAAUGAUUUCAAAAUAAAGAAUUUCACAAAAGAAAACGGCACCUGCCAAACACAAAGUCACAACAGUCAGUAUGGCCUCCAUCUGCUUGGAUGCAGGCAGCAAUCCGUCGGCGCAUGCUUUGGACCAGGCUUCUGAUUGUGGGUUGGGAACAGCCCAUACGCCUGGUUACAUCACUGUAGCUCAAAGCGGCCUCCACCAUACCCAGUGCCCGGAGACGUUGUUCAUGUGAUAGACGCGGCAUGAUGCUGUUCACUGGACUAACAAUGGUGGCCUUUUUUGGGCCUUUAUAUAGGCCUUCAAACCCCAUUCUCACAUUGUGCAGAUACUCACUGAGUAUUGCUUGGUGUGUAUUUGGUUCACUUUUGCAAAGUGACCAACCCAUGUGCAAUGAAUCAUGACAAAAUGACAACUCAUCAUUAUCUCAACUACCAGGGCACUAGAUCAUCAGUAAAUCCACAAUGAAUAAUUACAAGUAGAAUUCUGCGUACAUUUCUACCUCAAAGUUUCUAUUGACUGUCAGUAUAUAUAUAUAAAAGUAUUGUCUUCUUCUGAAGAAAAGAAAGCAGUAUUUACGGCAACAUUUUUAUGAAAUUGCACAGCGUCAUUCUUUACAUUUUAUUGUACAGUUUGUAAGUGGGUCAACGAACAAACUACUGGAGGUUUCAUUUGGAGAUUUAAAACAUAUUUAUAUAAAAAAAAAGUUCAGUUCCUACUUCAAAACACAUCUAUUGUGGGAUUUCAAAAAGGGAAAGAUAAAAGCUGAAUUUAUUUAACAACUAAUGUCUUCUCUGGAUGCUUCGGUCUACGUGGGAUUGAUAACAUGCAGGAAAAAAAAAGCAAUUUCAGUUGAUUUUUGCUUUCCUUUUCAACCGAAACAAAUAUAAAAAAUGUAUUGUUUUUUACUGCAUUUUGUACCAAACAGCCAUAUUUUCACACAGACAAUAAAUAAGCUAUUACAUCACAAUAUAACAGCUGAAUAUUUAUAAAAAAAAAAAGUUACAUUUCUGAGGAUGCAUUUUUUGUAAAAAAAAACAAAAAAAAACAAAAACAAAAAACAGUUCCUACAAUAAAAAAUAAAAUUAGCAAAGAAAAGGGAUUCACAUUUGAAGUCAGAAUGGUGAUUUUCAUUCCUUUUCCACUGAAAAAUACAUUUCAUUAUUGUGCUUUUUUGCUCUACUUUAAGUAUGUAGGUAAUAUGUGGUCCAUUAAAUCACAACACAGCAGCUGUGUAUUUAUAAAAAGUUCAGUUCCUUCUUGAAUAUUCAUGUAUUGUGAGAUUUCAAAAAGACAAAAUAAAAUCUGGAUUUAUUGAACAA